AUGGCAUACACACAGCAGCCCAUGGCCAACCCUGGCAUGCAAGUUCAUGGUGGUAACAGGAAUGCCAAUAAUGUCCCAGUCAGCAGCGACGGCACCCGCGAUUGGAGUCACGGCCUUUUUGAUUGUUGCGGCGACGCCGGAACAUGCAUCGUUGCAUGCUGCUGUCCUUGUAUCACCUACGGCCAAGUAAAGCGCCGUUAUGAGCAUCUCCACACUAAGGGCUACCCUGACCCCGAACGCGGCGGUUUCUGCACAUCGGACUGUAUGAUUCACGGCUGCAUCUCUAUGUUUGGAUUUGGAUGGAUCAUGCAGAUGAUGAACCGAAGCAGCAUCAGAGGACGAUACAACAUCGGUGGCGGUGGAGUGGGCGACUGCUGCUCUGCCUUCUGCUGCACACCUUGUGAGCUCACGCAAGAGUCCCGCGAGAUCGAGCUCGAGGAGAACACCUGCCACAAGCAAGGCUGA